AUGUUUUUUAUUUUUUUCAGUUUUGGCAAAAGAACUGGUGGCAGUGCGAGAAGGCAAAAUGAAUGUUUUGUUUUGGAACCCUCUGAGAUGAUCAUUAUUGAUUAUCCAGAUAUAGAGCAGAGCAGAAGACUACAGAAUUCUCCACUAAUGGAUCAUCAACAACAUCGCCCUAUCAAUAUUAUGUUCGAUGAUGCCUACAUGGCAAACCAGCUGGUAUCUCGAAACCAGCAGCCAGGCAGCAAUUUGUACCACAAGUGCUCACGAGGAUCUCACUCUUCCGACACUAGUUCCGCUUACAGCGGAUCUGACACGAUGGCAUCCAAUCACAGCGAGUUGGACGGUGAAGAGCUAGACCUCACGGGUCUGGUGGAGUCCGUGGUGGACAGCGACGAGGACGAAGAUCUGGCAGAAAGCAUGGACAGCCUCACGGUGCGAGACAGGAUUCGCGACUGCCUCGAAAAAGAGCCCAACGACAGGAACGAGGAGGACAUCGAGGCGCUGCUCGAGUUCACGCAGCACCUCAAAGCGUUCACCAACAUGACGCUUUCCGUGCGCAGGGACCUCUGCCAGGUGAUGGUGUUCGCGGUGGUGGAGAAGGUCGGCACCACCGUGAUGCACGACUGCGAGGAGCUGGACUCGUGGUCGGUUCUGGUGAACGGCUCCGUCGAGAUACAGAUUCCCGGCGAGGAGAACCAGAUUUUGACGGUGGGCGACGCGUUCGGCAUCCUGCCCACCAUGGACAAGCUGUAUCACAAAGGUGUGAUGCUGACGCAGUGCGACGACUGCCAGUUCGUCUGCAUCACGCAGACUGACUAUUACAGAAUCCUCCACGAAGGCGAAGAAAACACCCGAAAGCACAAAAACGAAUCGGGCCAGGUGGAAAUGGUGACCGAACUAAGAGGCGGCCCGAUGGAGAACGGCAACCGUCGCGGCCACGUGGUCAUAAGAGCCACCUCCGAACGGCUAAUGACGCAACUAAUAGAGGAAAACUCUCUCACCGACCCCACGUACGUGGAAGAUUUCCUAUUGACGCACCGCACUUUCAUCCACGGGCCGUUGAACGUGGCCAACCAGCUGCUGGAGUGGUUCAAGGACCCCGAGGUGAGGGAUCGCGUGACGCGGGUGGUUUUGCUGUGGGUUAACAACCACUUUACGGACUUCGAGACCGACCCCGACAUGAUAGAGUUUUUGGAGACUUUCGAGCUGGGUCUGGAGAACGAGAAGAUGGUGGGGCAGUUGCGGUUGCUGAACAUCGCCUGCGCCGCCAAAGCGAGGAUAAGGAAUGUUACCUUGGCGCGCCCGAACAGAGACGAACCUCUGAACUUCCAAAUUCUGGGCGGGUACGAGCGGAACUUCGGCAUCUUCAUCUCCAAGGUGGACAAAAAGUCCAAAGCUGAAGACGUGGGUCUCAAACGGGGAGAUCAAAUCGUGGAGGUGAACGGGCAGUCUUUCGAGCACGUCAGCCACGCCAAAGCGUUGGAGAUUUUGCGUGGCACCACGCAUCUCUCCAUCGCGGUGAAAUCCAACCUGCUGCACUUCAAGGAGAUGCUCACGAGCCCCGAUAACUCUCCCAGGCCCAGGGGAAGGAAGUCGGAGAUUUGCAAGCUGCCGCCGGACCCGAGGAGCCGGCUCAGCAGCGUGGACGGGAACAUUAUUUUGGGGCACGACUCUCCCGCCAGUCAGCCGGUCACCAUCAGUAGCCCGCAGAAGGAGAAGAAGCAGAUUUUCAUGACGAUGGGGCCGAAGAGGCGGCUCCAGAAGGCCUUGAUGAAGAUGAAUAUUCUGCCCAAGAACAUGAUCAACCACGCCUUGGGUUCGGACGUGGUCGACCACCACGCGCCCCCUCCAUCAUCGGGCCCCCUUGGGGGCGCCUGCAACGCCUACCAAUCGCAAUCGAACCCCGACCUGAUGUCCUUGUGCUACGAGGAGGCGGGCAGAUGCGCGGAUUACCCCGAGCACGUCUUAAAGGUCUUCAAACCCGACCAAACGUACAAAUAUCUCCUCGUCAACAAGGAAACCACCGCGCACGAGGUCGUCAUGCUGGCGUUGAGGGAGUUUGGCAUCACCGAUCCCAGCAGCAACUACAGCUUGUGCGAGGUGUCGGUGACGGACGUGAAAGCGCAGGCGAUAAGGCAGAAGAGGCUGCCGGACCAGCUGCAAAAUUUGGCCGAGAGGAUCGGAUUGAGCAGCAGAUAUUAUUUGAAGACGAACGGAGUCACGGAGACUCUGGUACCCGACGAGUUGGCGCCCGAAUUGGUGCGCGAAAGCGACGUGCACUUUUUGCAGCUGAACGCUGUCGAAGUGGCGAUACAACUGACGUUGCAGGACUUUAGCAUAUUCAGACAAAUCGAACCGACAGAGUACAUUGACGAGUUAUUCGAGCUGAAAUCGAAAUACGGCACCCCGAUGCUGGUGCAGUUCGCCUCGCUGGUGAACAAGGAGAUGUUCUGGGUGGUGAGCGAGGUGUGCGCAGAGCAAAACCCGGUGCGCAGGAUGAAGAUCAUCAAGCAGUUCAUCAAAGUGGCCAGGCAGUGCAAAGAGUGCAAAAACUUCAACUCGAUGUUCGCGAUCAUCAGCGGGUUGGGGCACGGGGCGGUGUCCCGCUUGAGGCAGAGCUGGGACAAACUGCCCGGGAAAUAUCAGCGGGUUUUCAGCGAUUUGCAGCAGUUAAUGGAUCCGUCGAGGAACAUGAGCAAAUACAGGCAGCUAAUCAGCGCCGAACAAACGCAACCACCGAUUAUUCCUUUCUACCCGGUGGUAAAAAAAGACCUGACGUUCAUACACUUGGGCAACGACUCCAAAAUGGACGGUCUGAUAAAUUUCGAGAAGCUGCGCAUGAUCGCCAAAGAGGUGCGUUCUCUGAGCAACAUGUGCAGCAGCCCCUACGAUUUACUGACCAUGCUGGAGCUGGGCGGGCAGCCCGCCAGCAACGCGAUGGUGGCCUUGAACCAGCUCACCACCGCCUCCUCCAACUACCUGACGCAAGGCCAGUCGACGGUGAAGCGGCGCAAGAAAUCCACCGCCGCCCCCAAUCCGAAGAAGAUGUUCGAGGAAUCGCAGAUGGUAAGGCGCGUCAAGGCCUACCUGAACAAUUUGCAGGUGGAAACGGACGAGUCGAAGUUGCACGAGAUGUCGCUAGAGUGCGAGGCUGCUGCCGCGCCCUCUAGCGGCGGAGGCGGCUCCAGCACGUCCGGAAGUCAACGAGGGAAGAGGCACGCCUCGCCGGCGCCCUCCACCACCAGCUCCACGAGCAGCGCGAGCGACGAGCGAAAACCGACGGCCAAAUUCGGCUCUGCCUCGCCCCAGGCCGUGAGAAAGUUGCUGGCGCUCUCGGAGCCCAGCAAGGCGCGGCCGCACCAGCCUAGAGCGCCCCCAAGCGGUCUGGCCACGAUACCCGGCUCGCAGCCCAGCCCCAACGUCAGGCGGGCGCCCAGCGCCACAGGUAGCUACAGUAGCUAUGGUUCCGGACACAGUUCCGGUUCGUCCGGACGUCCUGUUCACGAACGGUCUCAUUCCGAUACCCCGACGCCACUGCCGUCCGUCGCAUUAUCAGCGGAAAGCAGUAGCGUCACAUCCUUGAGCAAUUUACCUUUAAGAAAAACCCUCACCUCCGGUUCUGUGACAUCUUCGGAUUCGGGCCAUAGCACCAUAAGUCAGGUGACCACAAGCAGUGUCGAUGGUCACACCUACCAGCCUAGGUGUAACAGUCCGACGCAAAACAGGCUGCCCCCCGUCAUGGGCUGGUUUCCCCCUCGUACUGGCGCUAUCCCCCCCUACCCCCACGCUGUCGCCGUCUUGCCCCCUUUACCCCACGCUUCUUCUUCCUCCACUUUGCGUAGCAACAACGGUCCGAGCAGACGGCAACCUCCGACGUACAGCGUUGCCGCUCAGAUGGCAAAACUGCAACGCCUGGGCAGAGCUCAUUCGCACGAAGGCGUUACGCAGGGCUACCACUACCAUAACGAUCCGGACACCGAUCAAGAUGACGAGGAGACCCAAGUGUCGGCUGUGUAA